GAGCAGACCCACUGAUCAACAACACGACGUGUGUGUAAAGAGUGAACUUCCUUCCUUUCUCUCAGUACUACGGUCGAGUGCUCUGUCUGAGGCAGAGCUACUUCGAUCAGAAGGCCAAAGAUGAAGAUGUUGGAUUAUUCUGCGGGAAGGUUGCACGUCUUUUUUGUAGUUUUACUUCAGUUCGUAGUCGUUACCCACUCCUCAGCUGCUAUAAAUACAACAUGGGAAGAGUGGAAGAUGAAACACAGCAAGGUUUACGACAACGAGACGGAGUUCAGCUACAGGAGAGCAGUGUGGACAAAGAACAUGAACUUAGUGCUGAAACACAACCAGGAAGCUGCAGCAGGGAAACACAGCUUCACUCUGGGGUUAAAUCCCCUCUCUGACAUGACAGCAGAGGAGAUCAACCAGAAGCUGAAUGGCUUCAAGGUGGAAGAGGCUGUUCAUUUAAGAAAUUAUACCUUUAAGGAAUUACAUUUCCUUCCAGUGCCUCAGAGUGUGGACUGGAGGACAGAUGGUCUGGUCAGCCCCGUCCGAAACCAAGGUUCCUGUGGGUCCUGCUGGGCCUUCAGCUCCAUGGGAGCUCUGGAGGGUCAAAUGAAGAGACGGACCGGUGUACUGGUUCCUCUGAGUCCACAGAACCUCAUCGACUGCAGCACCACGGAUGGAAACUAUGGCUGCAGGGGAGGCUUCAUCUCCAAAGCCUUCAGCUACGUCAUCCGCAACACAGGCGUGGAUUCAGAGAGAUUUUACCCGUAUGAGCAAAAGAACGGGAAAUGUCGUUACUCAGUUAAAGGGAAAGCUGGCUCCUGCUCUGACUUUCACAUCCUUCCACACGGAGACGAAAAAACUCUGCAGGCUGUGGUGGCGUCGGUCGGACCUGUGGCCGUGGCGGUGAACGCCAUGCUGUCGUCGUUCCAUCUGUACAGAGGAGGUUUAUACAAUGUUCCCAGCUGCAACCCACGCCUCAUCAAUCACGCCGUGCUGGUGGUGGGCUACGGCACAGACGCAGGACAGGAAUACUGGCUGGUGAAGAACAGUUGGGGAACGGCGUGGGGAGAGGAGGGAUUUAUUCGACUGGCAAAGAACAAAAACAACCUCUGUGGCAUCGCCAGCUUUGCAGUUUAUCCAACACUGUGACAAAGUCAUCGUUCAAUGUUGUCAACAUCACGUUGAACCGAAACAGAUGCUAAAUAGUAAAUAACUAAAUAGUUGGGGAUUCUAAACUAAUUUUAUUAAUAUUUUUUGAAAUGCUGAUGAUGUCGUUUGCACCAGGUCACAGCCUGAACUUUGCUCUGAUUUAUUUGUUUUUUAAACGUCCGUGGUUGAAAAACAUGAUUAAAUUAAACAUAAAACUUGUUUAAAACUC